AUGUAUCAGAUUGGUAACAUCUAUUUCAUCACAGCCAUCGCCGUGAUUGGCGGUGGUCUGUUUGGGUUCGAUAUCUCAUCGAUGUCUGCCAUUAUCGGCACAGAGCAAUAUAAGUGCUACUUCAACCAAGGCCCUGAUGGGCCUCCUCAGUGCUCCGGCCCGAGAUCUGACGUCCAGGGCGGCAUUACUGCUUCUAUGCCAGGAGGCUCAUUCGUUGGCGCUUUGGUAUCUGGAUUUCUGUCCGAUAUCUUUGGUCGAAAGACCUCCAUCCAGGUCGGCGCUGUUAUUUGGUGCAUUGGUUCCAUCCUUGUUUGCGCUUCUCAGAACAUCGGCAUGCUCGUUGUGGGCCGUUUCAUCAAUGGACUCAGUGUCGGCAUUUGUUCAGCCCAAGUUCCUGUUUAUGUGUCCGAAUUGGCACCCCCCAGCAAGCGAGGAAGAGUUGUGGGAGCUCAACAAUGGGCCAUCACCUGGGGUAUUCUGAUCAUGUUCUACAUCAGCUACGGUUGCAGCUUUGUCUCUGGAGCGGCGGCGUUCCGCAUCCCGUGGGGUUUGCAAAUGAUCCCUGCCAUAUUUCUCUUCUUCGCGUUGUUCCUUCUUCCAGAAAGUCCCAGAUGGCUUGCGAAGAAAGAUCGGUGGGAAGAUUGCCACAAUGUUCUGGCUCUUGUGCAUGCAAAGGGCAAUCGCGAGGCUCCAUUCGUGCUCCUCGAACUGAAUGAGAUUCGAGAGAUGUGUGAAUUUGAACGAAGGAACGCCGAUGUCAGCUACCUUGAGCUUUUCAAGCCAAAGAUGAUCAACCGAACACACAUCGGUGUUUUCACUCAGAUCUGGUCCCAACUUACCGGAAUGAAUGUCAUGAUGUACUACAUCACCUACGUCUUUGGUAUGGCUGGUCUCUCCGGCAACACCAACCUCGUGGCCUCAUCUAUCCAAUAUGUCAUCAACGUCUUCAUGACCAUUUUCGCACUCAUAUUCAUUGACCGAUGGGGACGUCGAUGGCCACUGCUCAUUGGCUCUACUUUCAUGGCGAUUUGGAUGUACGCCAAUGCUGGUCUGAUGGCCUCUUACGGGAAACCCGCACCCCCUGGAGGAGUCGAUCACGUGCCAGAGGAGUCCUGGCAGAUCCACGGUGGUGCAGCUAAAGGAGUAAUUGCUUGCACAUAUUUGUUCGUGGCUUCCUUUGCCCCUUCGUGGGGGCCGGUUUCAUGGAUCUAUCCGCCGGAGCUGUAUCCUCUUCGUCUGCGAGGCAAGGCGGUAGCGUUGUCAACUUCUGCCAACUGGAUUUUCAACUUUGCAUUGUCGUACUUUGUCCCCCCAGCCUUUGUCAACAUUCAGUGGAAGGUCUACAUCAUUUUUGGCAUCUUCUGCACGGUCAUGACAAUCCACGUCUUCUUCUUGUUCCCUGAAACGGCCGGCAAGACCCUCGAAGAGGUCGAGGAGAUAUUUAUGAGCAACGUCAAACCGUGGAACACCCACGUCGACUAUCAAAACAUCAAGAGAGAGGAGAGAGGUGAAGUCGAUCCCGAAAAGCGACUAAGCUAUGCUAUUCACCGUGAGCGCGAGGACAGUGGCCAUACUGAGAUCGGUCAUGAGACUCAGGAGGCUACGAAAAACGAGGCUGCAUGA